UCGGCUCACAGUUCAGUUCACAGUCGUUGCUUUUAACGUUCAGUUAUCAAAUUCCACACAGAAAAUGCUACUACGGAUGACCCAGUUUCUCUGCCUCGGCGCACUUUUAUUGCUAAGUCUUUUGCAAUUAACGCAGGCAGUCCCCAACAAUAACAACAAUAAUAAUAAUAUUAAACCGAAAGCUGUGGCUCAGGUGCAGCCAGGAAUUCCAGCAGUAAAUAAGCCUUCAGUUACGACAACCACAAUUAAACCACAGAGAUUAGUACCAGAUCCCAAAUGCCUGCAGCCCUUGGAAGUGGGUCCUUGUCGCAUGAAUCUGGAGAGGUUCUACUACAACAAGGAUAAAAAGGUCUGCGAGACCUUCAAAUACGGUGGCUGUCGAGGCAAUGACAAUCGCUGGGGAUUUCGGCAGACAUGCGAGGAGGCCUGUCUCCCAAAAAAGUGAUCAAUUGAUGGAAGCCGCAAUAUAGGAGAUUAUUUUGGUUAUUUAAUGAUUAUUUUUGUUUCAUUUUGUAUUCAUUGUUUUAGGGAAACGCAUUUAUAAACAAGUUUCCCUUAAUUAAAAAUAUAAGUUCUUGAAAUUUUCAUUGUUAAACAAGUAUGUUCUUAA